AUGUCGAGAAUCGGGCUGUUCGGCCAAAUUUCCGAAAUCAACGACCAUUUAUACUUGUCGGGCGCGGGCGUCCUACAACCGGAGAACCUGAAGAAGAAAAAGAUCACAUGUGUAGUAAAUGCAACGAAUGAAGAACCAGCCGCCUAUCUACCGGGUAUCGACUACUUAAAAAUUCGAAUCGACGACUCACCCUACGCUCAUCUCGACCACUACUUUGACAUGGUAGCUGAUCGAAUUCGGUCAGUAAAAGAGCGUGGCGGUCGAACACUAGUUCAUUGCAUGGCUGGUGUUAGCCGGUCAGCUUCACUGUGCAUCGUAUACUUGAUGAAAUACGAGCGAAUGAGUUUGGCACAAGCCUACACAUGUGUUAAAUCGGCAAGACCAAUUAUUCGACCUAACAUCGGGUUCUUCAAACAAAUGGUUGCGUACGAGAAGAAACUACGUGGUCAUGCCACUGUGGCUAUGGUUAGAGUAGAUGGCUGUGAUAUGGAUGUACCUGACAUAUAUGCUAAUGAAUUGCGACGACAUGCAGCGUAUCGAAGUGCGAUCAGUGCAACUUCCAGGCUAGAAGAUGACGGGCAAAGAGCCAAGUCGGCCGCUUUACCGUUGGAAUACACAAAGAGGCGUGGGUUGUCAGUAGGGUAUGUUUUAUCGUAUCUUAACUUGAACUUAGAAAGUGUUGUAUUUACUCUACAAUGCAGUAUCUUACCUUGCACCACCUUUAAAAAAUUUUAAAAAUCGAAAUUUCAGCUGCCGAAACACGGACGGCCGUUACCGCUACUCUGCUUCGAACUCCGCCACCUACAGCCCGUGGAGACAUGUAGCCUCAUUGUCUUUGUUAUCACCAGCUCCAGCACGUCGUCCGCGUCAAGAAAACUUGUUCAGCAACUUGUAUAAUAGCAGUCGGGGCGCAUUCUUUUCCGCUUUUUAA